CACAUCCCAUUGGCAAGGCCUUAUGGUCAUUGCUAUGGUGACCUAUACAGGUACCUCAGUGUCUCUAGCAAUUACAGAUGCAGCUGCUCUUUUUGUUCUACUUGUUACGCAGGUAACAUUUCUCGCUGCCUUGUACCUGGGGGUGUCUGUGUACCUUAUUUCUGCCUUGUUGCUUUGUUUGUUUAGCAUUUUUUGUAGUGCAGUGGCUCUUGCUUGUCUUCUCUCUUUUUUGUAUUCUGGGUGCAUGUUUUUUGGUAUGGGUGCUAUGUGUAUCCUUGCUAUCAGGGUCGGGGGUACACAUUGUGGACUGUUGUGUUCUUCUUCGUGAGAUUAUCCAGGUCUUCUGAGGAGAGUUCUACUGGCAGUUGUAAGCUUUAGUUUUUGAAUUUGGUUCAUCUUGUGAGCAUCCAACAAUUCUUGCCAGGUAUUAUGUACUCUCAGUUUCAGUAGUUUUCUAUUUACGUGGUGUCUGGUAGUCCUAUUGCCAAUUUGUCUUUUUUAUCAGCAUGUUCUACUUGUCUCUUUCACUGUUCUUCACGGUAGGUGAUUCUGCUGAUGACCAGCACCUUAUGAGUUUUAUGGUGUCUUGGAUUAAAGGAACAAGACAUGAAGCUUUGAGAUGAAUGAGAAUAUAUCAGAAAGUUUCAGAUUAAGGAAGACUCUCACAAGACUACUAAAUACGUUGAAAAACUCAAAAUAUUUUUCUAUUUUAAUAGUUUGUCAUUUGAGACCACACAUUUCUAGUAAGAAUUCCGAAAAAGAAACUAGUAGCCAAUAAGGCUAUCUACAACUGAUAGCCUAACAUGAUCCUAUGGGAAGAGCCGAUAGUCUAGUUGCUCGCCAACAACAUAUGGCCCCAUCAGAUAAACCAUUAGGAUCUCGAAUUACACCCACUGACCCUAACAGUUCCAUCAAAUGUAUCACACUUAAUUUGAGAAGCGUAUAGUACUCGUAUGCACAAACACACAAUGGCAAUUUACUUCAAUGAUUUACCCACCAUUGCAUUUGUGCAGUCUUUCUCACCUCCUGUGGUAUUUGAGCCUGUUUAUCUUUCAUGUGCUCUAUGAAUACACUAUGUGUAACAUUAAUUGCCUCUUUAAUUUUACUUAUUCUAUCGAUUUCGUGGAUUUCUCCUUCCUUUCCAGUGUAUCUUGAUCUUCUUUCUGAAUUACAUCUUUUAUUAUACUUACUAUAUUUCUGUGAUCCCAAUGUUUGUAUGUCUUCUGAUCUCAUUCUGAAUGUCUGCCACUAUAUUUUACAUCUGUUGAUCAUUGAAAUUUACCGUCGUAGUUCUUUAUUCUGGUGUUGGCUUGCUCUUAAACUUUCCUUCGCACUGUAUGACACAUCUCUGAUCACUUCCCAAGCUGUUAGUUCUAUACGCAAGCUAUUUUCAUUUUGCUCAGUUUACUGUAUAUUGUUUCCAUCAUGAGUCUAUAAGUUCGUUUAACUGCUUAUCUCGAAAUUCCCAUUUAAAUUGUAUCCAUUUACCAGUAUUCACUAACAAUUACUAGGUUGUAUCACUUGCUAUGGCCCAAUACACGUUAACCGUUGUAGUUGGUACAUCCAUCGAAGUCUUUAAUGUGACUAUUCGUAUCUCCAAACAAGAUAACUUCGGUGUUAGCCUAAAGUCUGAAAGAAAACUGUGCGCCAGCUCAUGGUUUUCAUGUUGACAACUGCUUCCAGUCCACAAAUCACACUCACUACCCAAACAAACAUGUUUCUGGUGCCACUUGCACCUUUGGCCCAUACAUGUUGGCUUUAUUCUUUGCCAUUUCGCAUCCUGAUGCAGUGGCCUAACAAGAAACCUUUUGGGGUUGGGGCACAUAUUUGGUUGUGGAUGAAACGGGUGAGAGAAGCUGGGCAGGCCAUGUACACAGGCAGGCCAUGUACACAGGUGGGGGCAGGAACGCACGUGUCCAUUGUGCCACCUUCUGGCUACAGUACUGCUUAUCGACGCAUAUGCAUUCACACCGCCUUUCCUCUCUGUUGUUUAUCAGUUGCACCCUUCAUAUUCAAAGUUGUCUCAUCUUUGGUGGUGCUACCAGAUCUGUAAAUUAAGUCCCCAUGACAGCAUUACAUAUGGGUAUUCUUUCUCUUGAGCUGCAUUUUUUUAUUUUUGUUUCCUCCCUCCCUAUAUGUAAAUUUGUGCAUUACCACAGGAACCUCUUUAUGUAUUUACUUAGGCCCAAACAAUGAAAUCCUCUUUACCUCAGUAAGGAAGCCUUCAUUGCUGUGAGACCACUUUAUGUCACCUUGAAAGCUACCUUACUGAGGGGCCCUUGGUGAAGGCUUCUUUGGUGCUUCCUCAGCGUAAGGUUGCUCUGUAGCUAUCUUCAUGCAUCCUUGUGCUGCUUCUGGCCCUGAACGAGAGCUUCACCUCAGUGCUGGUGCAUGUGAUGUUUGUUUGCGCAUGCAUGCUGCCGCCUGCCUGCGGAGAAGCAUGAUGCAAUGCGUCGGCGUUCGUUUCAGUCGCAUGUUCAGCAUGAGUGGAGUCUCGCAACGCAGCGUUGCAAGUGUUGCUGUAACAUAUCAAGUUUUGCACUCGACUGCGGUGGUUUCUCACAUUGAGUAAACUGGAAAAAAGUGUCUGCGCAUCUCUAUAUUAGCGAUUCAAUUUAAAGAUUAUGUGACCAUCCACCUUUCUUUCUAUUAAAUAAAGGCAUUCAAGUAAAGCUUAUGAGAGAUGCUCUGCAACCCAGGUGUACUGCAACCAUGCCUUACGUGAGGACGGGCGAAGGGAGCUUUCAGAAUACGUUUGCUUCCUCCAUCGGUCCUUUGCUGUAAGGAGGCCACACGUAAGAUCAAGAAGAAGUCUUGCCAGUCACAGUCAUGUCAACCAUGAAGAAGCGUAUGUGCCGCUGAACUGUCUUGGCAUGCACAUAAGUGUUUAUGCCAUGUAAUAAUAUUUUAGCUUACAUAAUAUGCCUUAGCUUCAUUCAAUAUAUAAUGAAAGUUGAUAUUAGAGCUAUAGAAAUCCGAGUGAGUUGUUAAGAAUUAGUGAUAACGAAUAAAUCAAUUCUCAUGAACAAUCAUGAAAAUGCAUGGGCCAGCAGCACAUUAGGUCAAGGAGUGCAUAAAAAAAACUUGCACAUUGUGUUAGUGUUGAACAACUGCGUACAUUAAUCAUCUUAUAGUUACUAUUGACAGAAUUGCAUUUUGUUCAUGAGGUUUUAGGGAAAGCCUGUUCUUUUAUCCCCGAUGAGCCAUUGAUUCAGCUACUGUGAGUAUCAGAAUGACGCGAGAUAUGGAUUGUGCGGUCUGAGAGGCUGUGUAGCACAAGCAAAUAUGAUGCUUAUAGUUUCAUGACUCCCUAUUCCAGCAAGAUUUCAAGAUGGCUUACACUAGCUUUAAGUGCAACCAGACAUUAGACUUGCGAGUGUGUUCAAUGUUCCUGGAAACUUGCAGCAUGCUUUACGUGGAUGCAGUUGGCAUUCAUUAGACCAUCUCUGAAAGCUGUGUUGCAUUUGUUCUGCGACUCUAGUUUGAAAUUGCUGGACAUUCUCGGCUCAUGUAGUAAUGUUAACUUGGGCAUUACGUGCACUGAAAGAACUUAUAAUAUUUUUUAGAACUAUGGGCCCUAAUGACACUUUAGUUAUGAGCAAGUUGAGGGUGUGUGCAUACUUCUGGAUGCAUGUGCAAUGCUCAGUUAUUCAAGCAUGAUACCCGGAUCACAUGGCUCUCAACGCUUAAUCGUUGUGCCACCAGUAAAUGCUGGGUGAAUGCUUGGAUGGGGAGGAGGAUUUCAAGAAAGGGAAUUCUGUAGAUCACGAUUGUUGUUGUGGAACAAGCCCCAAAGAAUGCAAACUUUUUUAAGAUUGCAGUAGAAGCCAGUAGGCAUCUAGAAGCAAUGGAUUUGCAGUAACAGCUUGUGUUUGAAAUGUGAUCCCAGUUUUGGAUGAAAAUGGCUUAAUUAAACAGUGCAACCAGUGGCAAACAUAACAUUGCAUAUGAAUUGAGUGAGUCUUUUUCAUUGAAACUGCUGCAACCCCACUGCUUUGGGCAGAAGCAAUGCCUCAUACGUGGAUUCUAUUGCGCCAGUGUUGUGCUGAAGAAAUCACAUCAUGGUUUUCUGGGUGUGUGCAGCUAGCUGUUCUGACUGGGUAGCUACAGGGAAUUGAGUGAUUAUAAUGAAUUAACUUGACUGUUUGCAUUAGUGAGCACUCGGAGACCGUAAAAUAGCAAUGUGCGGCAUCCCAUUAACUUUUAUUUAUCUUUUUGCCAGCUCUAGCUUGUGCCACGUUCCUCCUACUUUGUUUGAUCCCCAUAGAAGGCCAGCACAUUCCACAUGUGAGGAGCUUUGUGCAGGUGCUGUUUGCUGUCAUUAAGAAGGCUGUUACUUUCCAAGAAAGGGUGCUCAAGGAGAGCAGAUGCCAGCAUUAUGCGAGUCUAGACGCAUACUGCAGCAGCCUGGUGCUGAUAUGUACCUGUAGGGUUGUAGUGGAGUAUGUUCGCCUCCCUGAAGCAGGAACUAAGCUUAGUGUGGCCUUAACAUGACCAAUUCUGAAGCAUGUUCACCUAAGCUAUGAAUAGGGUUGUGCACCAAGGCACAUGUUACAUAUAGGGUUUGUUCUGUCUGCUUCCUGUUUUAGUUCUAUCCUUUAGUUCUGAUAAUAUGGUUCAUAAAUGACAGAUAAAACAUGUGAACAUAUCUCACUGGAUUGUGUGUAUUUGAGACCUAACAGUGCCAUUGAUUAUCAUUAUUACAUGUUCAGUACAGUGUGGCUAAUAUUUAGAUUAGAAUUGGUGUGAAUCAUUAUGCUCUACAGGGGGGCACAUAGAAAUGGUUCGAAGCUUUUAAUUGCUUCACCUUAAGUGACAUGUCUCUUCAAGCAAUGUAAAUGGCUCGAAAAAUUUACCUGUUUGAGCUGCUGUUGUCAUGCUCAUGAUUACAGUGUUUUUCCUGUCGAUUUGUUUACGUUGUGACUGCCAUGCUGUGGGAUUUGAGUGUGAAGUUCGUCUAACUGUUGAGGUUGCUGCAGGUAUCAUACAGUAGUACUAAGCAAUAAUUGUGUGCUAUUGCCAUUACAAAGGGGGUAUGUUUCAUAUGAAGAGUGCUCAGUGAUUGAACCGUGAUACGUGGAUCACAAUGCAACCGGUGCUUUUUGCGCCUUCAGAGAGCGCCGGUUGAUCACUCAGGGACCAAAUGCUGCCACAGUGCAUGACAAAGGCUCUUGCUUUUAUUGUAUACCACAAUGAAUUACUUUGAUGUCCCCAGAGGAUACCGGUGACAAAUAAAUGCGCUAGCAGCUAUGUGCUUCGAUUAUCACGUUUUAAUAGCUGAACACUGCACCAUGUUAAAAAAAGAAAGAAAGAACAGGAAUGAUGAACUGUGCUUUCUUGUGGCAAAUUUCUGGUUUUACAUUAAGUAUGUUCUCUUAAAUUGAUUAGCGGGACUAUCUUUAAGGAAUAUGGUGGCACUUGAAGACGAAUGACACGUCAGUGUUGUGGUACUAAGAAUAUUUUCCAGGAAACCAGGUUUCGUAUAAUCAGAAAUAAUAGAAGAGCUAAUGAAAAUGCAAAAAAAAGCCAUCAGUAAAAAUCUGUUCGGUGUCGCCAGAGGAGAUUUGAAUACCUGUAUCAAUUAGUACGACAUGCACAUUUGAUUAUUUGUUUUGGGUGAGCAUUUUCCCUGAAGUCGCAUAGCAUAUCAAAAUUGACAGGUUUCAUUUGCCUGACAUAUUGUGACUAUUCUUAUCAUUGACUUGGCAGUAAACUUCACACAACAGUUAAUUAUGAAUAAUUAAUUACGGAGCCUUAAAAAGCAGUGACAAAAAUGAUAAAAUUCAAGCGACACUGUAUUUCAAACAACAUAUAUAACUUUAUUUUGUUCGAUGUGGUAGCUUCGGUGAUGGUGCGAGAUGAACAGCUUAAGUGUGAACGGGAAGACACGAUCCUAAAGGUAUGACAUAACCCAUCACAGCCCAACAUGCGGGUGUUCAUGCAACAGACGCAUAUAUUCUUUAGGUCCGGCUUCCCCUCGAUUUGGCACUAUAAAAGAUCCUUUUCAGUAGAAAUUGUGGUCGUAUUGGGUUUGUUUGCUGGGAGGCUCUGGCUUGGGCGCUUCUAAAGAAAGCAUGUCGAAAUACAACAAGGAACAGGUGAUGGUCUCCACUUUCUUCCUGUUUUCCGCUGACUUCCGCGAAAUCGUCGAGCGUCUUCACAGUGAGCACUUCCGGCUUAUAACUUCGGAGGUUGCAGGUCACGAAUAACAUGGAACCUAACAGGCUCCGGCCGUGGUCAUACUCUUCGGCGUCGUAACUCGCGUAGUUAAGCCGGCGUUUCCUAGGGCUGCCCGAUGCUGUGCGACUAGAACAGCUGCCGGGCUGCCGUUUGAUAUUCUGAUAGGCUUCAUCGUCGACUUGCCGUGUCAACGCGCCGCGUAGUUUAAUAGGUCAGCUGCCCUAAAAGGCGACAUCGGAUACAAUACCACGCGGGCCAUAUUUUGCAAGUUGGGCGUGAAACUAUUAUGCGUCAGCGUUCGAUAUGUAUGCUCGCGGUAGCAGACGACAUUGUUUAUGCGAAACAGCGGCAUACUGGAAACGAGACGUACCUUCCGGAUGUGGGGCGAAGUCGUUACGUCACAUCAGUAUACCGGCCCCCUUCUUACCACGAAGGCGCUCGAAACUUCUCGGCCGGUCCGUUCAUGACAACCAUCACAUAGGAGAUGGUAUAUCAGGAACAUUAAGCAACGUGGGAUGAUGACACAUGGGGUGCCAGGAAAUGAUCUCAUUUGAGGGAUGGCGGCGAUCAAUAUUACUGACGAAGGAACCGCUUGUGUUGCUCUCACGAUCGCGACAGAAAAAAAGAAACGUUCUUGAACUGCUAAACCCUCACAAAGUGUUUCACGUUGAGAUUAUUUUGAAAGAAGCGCAUUCAUCCUAGCUACGAGACAUCGAAAGUUCAUGCAUAAGACAGGUAAGCGCGGUGUUGUCAAAAGUUCUAGGGCUCGCGAGCAGACGAUGCGGGAGCCUUCUCGACGCUUCGGCUCGCAAGGGACCAAUCGCGGAGCGGCUCUCCUGACGUCACCGUCCCACUUUGGCCUCAUUGGUUACCGCGGCUCGCGAAGCAUCUGGGCGUUUCUAGAAAAGCGCGCGAACGGUAUAAAUCGCGCGUCGCGUCUCCCGUGCAGCAGAUUACUCAUUCACUGCAACGAGUAAGCAAGUGUUCUGAACGAAACGCAACUACCACAACACAAGCGUCAUGCCUAUCGGCAGAAAGUCUGACGUGCCGGCCAUCGGCAUCGACCUCGGCACCACGUAUUCCUGCGUGGGUGUCUUCCAGCACGGCCGCGUCGAGAUCAUCGCCAACGACCAAGGCAACCGCACGACGCCGAGCUACGUAGCCUUCACGGAUACGGAACGGCUGAUCGGUGAUGCUGCUAAGGCGCAGGCGGCCAUGAACCCGGAGAACACGGUGUUCGACGCCAAGAGGCUCAUCGGGCGCCGCUACGAUGAUCCCAAGAUCCAGGAAGACAUGCGCCACUGGCCCUUCAAGGUGGAGAACGACUGUGGCAAGCCCAAGAUCAGCGUCGAGUUCAAGGGCGAGCGCAAACGCUUCAACCCGGAGGAGAUCAGCGCCAUGGUUCUGACCAAGAUGAAGGAGACGGCGGAGGCAUACCUGGGAAAGCAAGUGAGCGACGCCGUCAUCACGGUGCCUGCUUAUUUCAACGACUCGCAAAGGCAGGCCACCAAGGACGCCGGUGCCAUAGCCGGGCUCAACGUGCUGCGCAUCAUCAACGAACCGACCGCAGCCGCUCUCGCGUACGGACUCGACAAGAACCUGCGCGGCGAGAAGAAUGUCCUCAUCUUCGAUCUGGGAGGCGGAACCUUCGACGUUUCCGUGCUGACCAUCGAUGAGGGCUCCUUGUUCGAGGUCCGAUCCACUGCGGGAGACACGCACCUUGGAGGCGAGGACUUUGACAACCGCCUGGUCGAACACUUUGUGCAAGAGUUCCAGCGCAAACACCGCAAGAACCUGAAGGCAAAUCCGAGAGCGGUGCGGAGACUGCGCACCGCCUGCGAGCGUGCCAAGAGGACCCUGUCCAGCUCUACCGAGGCGAGCAUCGAGAUUGACGCGCUUUUCGAAGGCAUCGACUUCUACAGCAAGAUCACCCGCGCCCGGUUCGAGGAGCUCUGCAUGGACCUGUUCCGAAGCACGCUCGAACCGGUGGAGCGCGCACUCAGUGACGCCAAGAUGGACAAGUCGCAGAUCCAGGAUGUCGUGUUGGUGGGCGGCUCUACGCGAAUCCCCAAGGUGCAGAAGCUGCUUCGGGACUUCUUCAAUGGCAAGGAACUGUCCAUGGGCAUCAACCCCGACGAGGCCGUCGCGUACGGUGCAGCGGUGCAGGCGGCCGUCCUGAGUGGCGACUCGAGCGAGGCCAUCAGGGACGUGCUGCUGGUCGACGUGGCCCCGCUGUCCCUGGGCAUCGAGACCGCGGGGGGAGUGAUGACGCGCAUCGUGGAAAGAAACACGCGCAUCCCUUGCAAGACAUCCAAGACCUUCACCACUUACGCGGACAACCAGCCCGCAGUCACCAUCCAGGUCUUCGAAGGCGAGCGUGCCCUCACGAAAGACAACCACCUGCUGGGAACAUUCAACCUGAACGGCAUCCCGCCGGCACCUCGUGGCGUUCCCCAGAUUGAGGUGACCUUCGACAUGGACGCCAACGGAAUCCUGCAGGUCUCGGCUCGGGACAUGAGCACGGGCAAGCAGGAGUGCAUCCGCAUCACCAACGACAAGGGCCGCCUCUCCAAGGAGGACAUUGAGCGCAUGCUCGCCGAAGCCGAGAAGUUCAAGCAAGAAGAUGAAGCGCAGCGUGACAGGGUGGCUGCUAGGAACUCUCUGGAGUCUUAUGCCUAUGGAGUCAAGCAGGCAGCUGAAGAAGCAGGAGACAAGCUGUCUGCUGCAGACAAGGACUCUGUGCUUUCCAAGUGUCGCGAGACCAUCUCUUGGAUUGACGCCAACAGCCUGGCUGAGAAAGACGAGUACGAGCACCGGCUCAAGGAACUGCAGCAAGCCUGCAUGCCCAUUAUGAGCAAGCUACAUCAAGCGCAAGGACCAAAGCACAGCUCUACAUCGCAACACUCCGGACCCACGAUAGAAGAAGUGGACUAAACGAAUGGACUGUGAUCUAGUCACUUAUCCUUCAUAGUUAUAUGUAUAUAUGUAACUCAACUUUUCAUAGUAAUCUAGUUUAUGAAAUUUGUGUGGCCGUUUAUUGAGACACCACAAUAAA